CAUUGCUGUCUACGGAGAAUUACGAGCGAGGAGUUGUUGAAGCCUCUGAUCCUUCUUCGGCCACCAUCUUGCAUAUCAUAUCAAGAGCGCCGUGUCUUUACCACUAUGGAUCAUAGGAACUGCUUCAGCUACGAAAAAGAGAACAAGAGCAUGGUUGUGACCUCUUGGAGAAGCCAAAUCAGCCCUCAACAGGUUGAAAUGUCAGUUCAAAGACGUUCCGGGAAUUAUCCACCAUGCCAAUGGAAAGAUGAUUUCAUCCUGUCAUUAAAAAGCACACAAGAGGACAAGCAUGGAAGCGAGAAUAUUGAGGAGAUUAAAGAAGUUGUGAGGCAACUGGUGGAAGCUAGCAAUGAGCCAGUGGCUCAGAUGGAACUGGUGGAUAGCCUCCAAAGGUUAGGAGUUUCUUACCACUUUGAGAAGGAGAUCAAAGUUAUAAUGGACUCCAUUUUCGAAGACAAAAAAGAAUCUAAAGACCUCUAUAUUGCGGCUCUUAAAUUCAGAUUGUUGAGACAACAUGGCUAUCAUGCCUCCCCUGAUGUUUUUAACGUAUUUAAAGACGAAAAAGGAAGAUUAAAGAAUGUCCUUUCGGAGGACGUGAAGGGGUUGUUGAGCUUGUAUGAAGCUUCACAUCUAGGAUUUGAAGGGGAGAACGUAUUGGAAGAGGCCAUGACCUUUUCAACUCAUCACCUCGAGGAAAGUACCAAGGUGCUGAACAUAGAUUCCAUCCUUGCGAGACAAAUAACUCAUGCCUUGGAACUCCCUAUUUCUAGAAGGAUGCUUAGGUCAGAAGCAAGGAGCUAUAUAGAUGUUUAUGAAAUCAUGCCUAGACACCAGUCUGAUUUACUCAUACUCAAACUAGCAAAGAUGGAUUUCAAUAAUGUGCAGUCUUUGUACCAAGCCGAAAUAAAGGAGAUGUUAAGGUGGUGGAGGGGCCUUGAGUUGGCAGAGAACUUGAAAUUUUCUAGGGACAGAUUGAUGGAGAACUACGUGUGGACCAUAGGAGUCAACUUCAAUCCUCUUUUCUCCAUCUGUAGAAAGGGUCUUACAAAACUCAAUUGCCUCAUCACGACUAUCGAUGAUGUUUAUGAUGUGCAUGGUACAAUUGAUGAGCUAGAACUGUUCACAGAGGCCGUUGGCAGCAUGAGAGAGGAGACACACCCAAAUCGAUAUAGUGUUACAUGAAGGAGAAGGUGUGUCAAAAGAAGCUGC